AUGGAUGCCAAUCGAGUCAAACCAUCUCUACAUUUCACCGGUGGCUGCUGGAUCAAUGAUCCGUGCGCCCCGGGAUAUGAUCCUACAACACAGCUGUACCAUGUGUUCUAUCAGUGCAAUCCUCAUUCCACUAAUUGGGGCAAUAUGUCUUGGGGUCAUGCCAUUAGCAAAGACCUCAUCUCCUGGGCGCCAUUUUCUACUCCGGCAUUGAUUCCAGAUCAAACCUAUGACAAAGAUGGAGUUUUCACUGGCUGUAUGGCCCCUCCAUCAUUUUCACAACAAGGACAUAUCUCUAUUAUAUAUUCUUCAGUCUGCGCCUUGCCCUUUCAUUGGAGCACCCCGCCAUAUCCCCGGUAUGCGGCCGGCUUGGCAAUCGCUGAAUCCAGUGACGGUGGAGCAACGUGGUCGAAAUCCAUAAACAAUCCUGUUUUGUUGGGUGAACCUGAGUCGGUCAACGUGACUGGGUUUCGCGAUCCUUUUCUCGCAGAGUGGCCAGCGAUGGAUUGCUUGUACCAGAAAAAGUCACUAUACGGCCUCAUUUCUGGAGGAAUUGAGGGAGAAGGUCCAACCACUUUCCUUUACUCUGUGCAGCCAAACAAUUUAUGUGACUGGAGUUUUAUCGGGCCUUUAGUCAAUUUGCCAAAUCGCUUUCAGCCGUCUCCCAAAUGGUCGGGUAACUUCGGCGUGAACUGGGAAUGCGUCAACUUCUUGACCCUGGGAUCUGGAGAUGACAAUCGAACAUGUCUUAUUAUCGGAGCAGAAGGAGACGUGGAACGUGGUCACAUAAAAUACUCCCAAUCUUGCCCUUCUAUACCUCCACGGACCAUUCGUUCUCUUCUGUGGAUGUUUGGGAAUCUCAAGUCCAACAACAACAACAACAACAACAACAACAACAACAAACCCUCUGUUGAAUACACACACGGCGGCUACUUGGAUUGUGGAUCUUUGUAUGCCGCUAAUUCAUUUUCUGAACCAGAGUCGGGAAGAUAUAUCAUGCAUGCGUGGAUUCCAGAAGAGGACAUCUCUGCUGGAUAUGCCAAAGAAAAAGGAUGGAAUGGUGCGUUGGCUAUCCCCCGCGAGCUCUUCCUCCUUACGAUAGAGAAUGUCACCCGCUCGCUUCGCAGUUCCCUGGUAGAAAUUGCCUCUAUCGACUCUAUUCAACAGUCGAAUGGACUCAUGACCAUUUACACCCUGGGAAUCAAGCCAAUUCAAGAAUUAUCUCGUUUUCGGAACCGCUUUAUCCAUACCCACGAAUGGAAAGACAUGUCGCUGUCAAUGAAAACACUAAAGCUUUGUUCAACAGUGUUUCCUUCCUGGGAGCUGCAAGGGAUAAUUUCCAUUAACCCAGACAACUGUCAGGAAGUGAGCUUUUACAUUCGUCACGACCGUGACUUGUCCAUCUACACCAGAGUCGAAUUUUCUCUCCAUAAUGAGACAAUCCGUGUAGACAGAGAAAAAUCAAAUCCCGACCACAGUAUUCGCAAUUGCCCUGAGGAAGGCCCCUUCACGUUAUUCUACCAAAAGAAUCCCUUCGCCGUCGAGGAACACGAGAGUCUCGAGGAUUUGCAUAUUCGCGUUAUCUCCGAUGGGGACAUCUUGGAAGUCUAUGCCAAUGAUCGGUUUGCGCUGGCUACUAUGGUGUAUUCUCCUGGCUACACAGCCCCUAUGGGAAUAUCAAUUUCUGUGUCCGGCGAUCCGAAAAGUAUUUUGGUAAAAGAGCUGCGCGUUUGGGACGGAGUGCCAGGGUCCAGGUGA